AUUUGGAUAAUGACAUAGAUGACUUAGAACUCUCGCAUCCAGAACCAGAAUUAGACCAUUCAGAACCAGAACUAGAACUCUCACAUCCAGAACUAGGACCCUUGUAUUUAGAAUCAGAACCCUUGUGUCCAGAACCAAAACUCUUGCAUCCAAAACCUUACGUCCAGAACCAAGACCCUU